AUGAUCCCACCGAGCGGCGCCCGCGAGGACGGCGUGGACGGGCUGCCCAGGGAGGCGGCCAGCACCGGGCAGCCGCCCUCUCCGGCGUCCACCAGCAGCCAGGAAUCCAAGCUCCAGAAACUAAAACGAUCACUUUCUUUCAAGACCAAGAGUUUACGGAGCAAAAGUGCUGACAACUUCUUCCAGCGAACCAACAGCGACGUGAAGCUACAAGCCGACAUGCUGGCUGAAGGCAGCCCCAGCUCCAGUCCGCUCCCCACACCUGGAAGCCUGGCAUCUACACCCACCAAGGCCGGCCUGCUUCCAGGCAGCAGCAAGGCCCACGCCUUUCAGGAACACAUCUUCAAGAAGCCCACCUUCUGUGACGUCUGCAACCAUAUGAUUGUGGGAACCAACGCUAAGCAUGGACUGCGCUGUAAAGCCUGUAAGAUGAGCGUUCACCACAAGUGCAUGGACGGCCUGGCACCCCAGCGGUGCAUGGGUAAGCUGCCAAAGGGGUUUCGACGUUACUACAGCUCUCCCUUGCUCAUUCAUGAACAGUUCGGAUGCAUUAAAGAAGUUAUGCCCAUAGCCUGUGGCAAUAAGGUGGACCCUGUCUACGAGACCCUCCGCUUCGGGACCUCCCUGGCCCAGAGAACAAAGAAGAGCAGCUCAGGCAGUGGCUCGGAGUCACCUCAAAGAACCUCUACUUCAGACCUUGUGGAGGUUCCUGAAGAAGCUGAUGUGCCAGGCGGCGGGUGUGACCCAAGGAAGCGUAGCAACAGUGGAGAGUCAGUGUUUACGUAUCCAGAAAAUGGCACGGAUGAUUUCAGAGACCCAGCAAAGAACAUAAACCACCAGGGACCUCUUUCCAAAGACACAUUACAGAUGAACACCUAUGUUGCCUUGUACAAAUUUGUUCCCCAGGAGAAUGAAGACUUGGAAAUGAGGCCGGGAGACAUGAUUACUCUUCUAGAAGAUUCCAACGAAGACUGGUGGAAAGGGAAAAUCCACGACAGAAUCGGCUUCUUUCCAGCCAACUUUGUUCAGAGAGUACAACAGGAUGAGAAGAUUUACAGAUGUGUUAGAACCUUUAUUGGCUGUAAGGAACAGGGCCAGAUAACACUCAAAGAGAAUCAGAUCUGUGUGACUUCUGAAGAACAACAAGAUGGCUUUAUUAGAGUCCUCAGCGGGAAGAAGAGAGGCCUUGUCCCCCUCGAUGUCCUUGAGAACAUCUGA